AUGACGACGCAGUCGGCGCCCGCCAACUGGCGGAACGUCCCGCCGCCGGUCCCCCGCGCGACGCCCAGCGACUUGACGUCGCGCUCGAGCGCCAGCGCGUCCAGACGGUCCAAGUCGCAGCCCAAGCGAGCGCACCCGACGCCGCAAUCGACGCCGCCGCCCGUUUCAAAAGCCUCUGCUGCCCCUCAGUCCGCUUACGCUCGCGGCGUCGCGCGGGCGCGCACGUUCACGGCCACUGCAACAGCUGCACAGCUCGAGACGCGUCUCCAGCAGCUGCUCCAGCGGCGCCAGUUCCACGACGCGGCGUUCCUCAUCGCGGCCAGUGCGCACCUGCGCGCGCGGUUCGAGACCGCUGACGUUGCGCGACUGAUGCUGGACAGCGCCUCGAGUGCCGUUGCGCUGGAACAAGCGGCGCAGCUCGUGCGCGACCUGAAGCUGCAGCAGAACGAGGCGCUCGUGACGCUGUUGAUCAAUGAACUGGUGCGCGCGCAGCAGUUUAGCGCUGCGGUGCGCCUUGCGGGCGAGAUGGUGCCGCAGUUUGAGCAGCUGCAGGCGAUGCAGGAGCAGACGAGCGCUGGUGCUGGUGCAGCUGCUGGUGCGGCCUCGGUGGAGCAGCCGCGCUGGACGCCAGUGGCGUUGAUUCAAGCCAUGGUGCGUGCUCGAAAGUACCGAGCCGCGCUGAAGUACGCCAAGCAGUUUGGCCUGCUGGAGCUGUUUCCAGCGCCUCAGUUGGUGGCGGGGAUGCUGGACAUGAGGUGCUGGGAUGAGGCCAUCUCGAGCAUCAUUGAGAUGCAGCUGGUCACGGAGUUUCCCAUGGCGCCACUUGCUGUCGAGAUGUUGCAGCAUCGACAGUGGUCGCUGGCGGUCAAGUGCGUGAACCGCUUGUCGGACGCAACUGCUGCGACGAAGGCUGAGUUUUAUGAAGCACUGGUGCGUGCGGCAGCGCAGGUGGGAGACUUUGUGACGUCCCUGCGGUACUUGCGCGAGCUGAAGCUUGACGAGGGAACUACAGACGCGACGAGACAGUUGCUGCAGUUCUUGGUGGACACAAUGCUCGCACAUGGCGAGUUUUACAAGGCGAUCAAGUACGCGAUCAAGUUUAAGCUGGCCAAGAAUCCGCUCGAGGAUGCUGCAGCUGCGCUUGCUGCUGCGAAUGGUGAGGAGCCAGUGUUGAACGACCAAGACCACACUGAGUAUUUGCCGCAGUAUGAUGUGGAAGCGCUCAUUCGUAGAGCCAUUGAAGGUGGACAGUUUCACGUGGCAACGACGUUUAUCAAGAGAUUGCGUCUUCGCGAGGCAUUUGCUGACGAACUCGUGCUGAUUGACAAGGCACAGCAGACUCGGCUACUGGAGUUCCGACAAUACGCAGAAUUGCGGCUUGCGCAAUAUCAUGACACCGCAGUGCAGCAGAACCUCCAAGCUUUGCUGGGCGGUCAAGCGGAGGAUGAGAUGGUUGAACUCGAGCCAGUUGAAAAGGAAGUUGUCCUCUUCGAGACAGAGGAAGUCUUUUUGCGCAAGGACAAAGCGCAAGUCGAAGCAGAGAAUGAGGACGAGAGUGGCUUGAACGAGAAGGGGCGUCAGGCACAUAUCAAUACAGUUGGCGAAAACGAGCAGCAGGAGUUUGACGCGCAUGCGGAGACUGUGAGUCAAUCACGCUUCGGUUUUGCCCGGGAGACGCUGCCUACGCCGCCAGCAGUUCCGAGUACUUCUGUCCGUGUAGACGACGAGAAAAUCCAGCUGUGCAGUAAACCGCCACCACCUUCCAGAUCGGCGCCUCCUCCGGGCUUGUUUGAUGUUUCCGAGAGCAACGAUGCGGUCGAUCACGAACGCGACGACACUGGUAGCUUCAACUUUGCCGAGUUUGCCAAGUCUGUGCAAGCAAGCUGCCCACCACUCCCGCCUGACGCCGCCCCACUGCCACCGUCUUUUCAUCGAUUACCAGCUCCGCAGGAGCAGCAGCACCGACAGCACCCGCAUGCAGAUCAGCAAAAGCACGGCCAAGCGAUCUUUGGACAGCAUAUGCUUUGUAUGCCAAACGCCCAGUCCAUGAACGGGCCACCGGGAUAUCCCAUGCCGCCAACGAUGCCGCCGCUGGACCCUACGUAUUUUCCACGAGGACAAGUGGCACCAGGUGCGAUGCAGUCACGUGGGUACGCACAACCCCCACCUCCCCCGCUGCCGCCGUCGGGCAGCGGAGGUGGCGCUUUUGACGUUGCUGCGCUCGCGAUGCAGUUUCACAACAAGGGCAGCAGCCAUGGGUCGCCUGGUUUCCGCGGCUUUGGCGGUCCAUCUCCUCCACCCGUGGCUCCAGCAGGCAUUUUACCCAUGGGCCAACCGCAGCAGUUUCCCGCCGGCAUGCCUCCUCUUCCUUUCAGUCUCCCCCAGCCGCAAUCGACUUUCAAGCCCAGCAUGUCGUAUGUUUCAGUCACAACGACUCGGCAAAAGAAGUAG